CCGGGGCUUCUCUCCCCUGGGACAGAGCUGGACGAGGCUUCCCGGGCGCUGGAGGCCUUUGAGCUGAAGAAGGCGGCUGCCCGGGCCGUGACAGGGGCCCUGGCCUCCCACCCCAACAGCACCGACGUCCACGUCAUCAGCCUCUCGCUCACCUUCCACGGCCAGGAGCUGCUCAGCGACACCCGGCUGGAGCUCAACUCGGGACGACGCUACGGCCUCAUCGGCCUCAACGGCACCGGCAAGUCCAUGCUGCUGUCGGCCAUCGGGAAGCGGGAGGUGCCUAUCCCGGAGCACAUCGACAUCUACCACCUGACGCGGGAGAUGCCGCCCAGCGAGAAGACGCCGCUGCAGUGCGUCAUGGAGGUGGACACGGAGCGGGCCAUGCUGGAGCGGGAGGCCGAGCGCCUGGCCCACGAGGACGCCGAAUGCGAGAAGCUGAUGGAGCUGUACGAGCGGCUGGAGGAGCUGGACGCGGACAAAGCGGAGGCGCGAGCCUCCCGGAUCCUCCACGGCCUGGGCUUCACCCCCGCCAUGCAGCGCAAGAGCCUGAAGGACUUCAGUGGGGGCUGGCGGAUGCGGGUGGCGCUCGCCAGGGCCCUCUUCAUCCGGCCCUUCAUGCUGCUCCUGGACGAGCCCACCAACCACCUCGAUCUGGACGCCUGCGUGUGGCUGGAGGAGGAGCUGAAGACGUUCAAGCGCAUCCUGGUCCUGAUCUCGCAUUCCCAGGACUUCCUGAACGGCGUGUGUAGCAACAUCAUCCACCUGCACAACCGGAAACUCAAGUACUACACGGGCAACUACGACCAGUACGUCAAGACCCGGGUGGAGUUGGAGGAGAACCAGAUGAAACGCUUCCACUGGGAGCAGGACCAGAUCGCCCACAUGAAGAAUUACAUCGCCCGCUUCGGCCACGGCAGCGCCAAGUUAGCCCGCCAGGCGCAGAGCAAAGAGAAGACGCUCCAGAAGAUGAUGGCCUCCGGCCUGACCGAACGCGUCAUCAAUGACAAGACCCUUUCCUUCUACUUCCCCUCCUGUGGGAAGAUCCCGCCUCCUGUCAUCAUGGUGCAGAACGUGAGCUUCCGCUACAGCAAAGACGGGCACUGGAUCUACAACAACCUAGAAUUCGGCAUCGACCUGGACACCCGGGUGGCUCUGGUGGGACCCAAUGGAGCUGGGAAGUCCACGCUGCUCAAACUCUUGACCGGAGAGCUGCUUCCAACGGACGGCAUGAUCCGGAAACACUCGCACGUCAAGAUUGGCCGCUACCACCAGGUGGAGUUGGGGGGCGCUGCUUCCCGGGAGGCCCUUCUGGGCUUGGAAGAGUCACCAGGGUGGGGGGUGAGGGGUGUUGGGUGCGAUGCCCCAGGACGUGGCACAAAG